GGCUGGGGAGUUGGUGCUUGCACCCAUACAGAGCUGGCCAAGCUCCCAUGUGCCCUGCUCCCAUCCCACCCACAGGACUCCCGUGGGAGUUCCUGCUACAGAGGUAGGGAGGAAGCCAAGAAAGAAGCAUUCCUCCAGCUCUUUUCUUUUUUUCUCCUUUUCCCGUCAGAGUUACCACCCUCUCUCACCACUCCUACAGAGAGGUCUGAAGUCUCACUGAAUCAGCAGUUGUGAAUAUUAUCUGUGCUGUUAAUGGUUUGCAUCUUUUUGCAUGAAAGGGUAAAAUCACUUAGGGACACACACACAGAGAGAAAAGAUCAUAUACAGUAACAUAUCCAAGCACGGGGAAAAAAAAAAAGGUUGUAAUGUUCAUGAAUUCCAGAUGAUGACUUUUUAAAUCCCCAAGAAGGCAGUGAAAUUGUUUGAUUGUUCUUGUUAAUUAUUGGACUUGUCCCAGUAUCAAAUAUUUGUAGAAGAUAAGACUUCCCUCGUGGAGAUGAAUAAUAACCGAACUUGCUCUUCUUUGAGCAAUUUGGCUCAGGGCGCAGAUUUCUGCCUUUCCCACUCUCAGGCUCGAACCCCGUCCAGCCGGCUUCGGCAAAGCACGUGUACAAACUGCUCCGUUAAAAAUAAAAGACCCCCCUUCCUCUUGCUGAUGACCGGGUUCCUGUUUGAUCCUGUUUACAAGCUUCCCAAGACUGAAAAUAACCCCAGCUCCUCUGCACUGGCGCUUGGAAGCAGAAGGAAGCAAAGAGGAGUUGAGAACUGAAGCUGGGAGACUUGGCAGCUAAUUCAGAGGCACAAUUGUGUGAGCAGCCCCUUGGCAAGAGGACCCAGUGCAGCCUGUGACAGAACUGAGUGGAGAUGAUCCCAAGCUGAGAGUCACAACAGGAUCUGCUUUGAGUUCACCCAGCGACCUGCAGGCUCAUCCAGCACCCAGCACAGGAUGUCUUCCAAGCGACCAGCCUCUCCGUAUGGGGAAGCAGAUGGAGAGGUAGCCAUGGUGACAAGCAGACAGAAAGUGGGAGAAGAGGAGAGUGACGGGCUCCCAGCCUUUCACCUUCCCUUGCAUGUGAGUUUUCCCAACAAGCCUCACUCUGAGGAAUUUCAGCCAGUUUCUCUGCUGACGCAGGAGAACUGUGGCCAUAGGACUCCCACUUCCCAGCACAACACAAUGGAAGUUGAUGGCAAUAAAGUGAUGUCUUCGUUUGCCCCGCACAACUCAUCUACCUCACCGCUGAAGGCAGAAGAAGGCGGGCGCCAGGGCGGGGAGUCGCUGUCCGGCGCGGCGCUGGGCACCCCCGAGCGCCGCAAGGGCAGCCUGGCCGAUGUCGUGGACACCCUCAAGCAGAGGAAAAUGGAGGAGCUCAUCAAAAACGAGCCAGAAGAAACUCCCAGUAUUGAAAAGCUACUAUCAAAGGACUGGAAAGACAAGCUUCUUGCCAUGGGAUCAGGGAACUUUGGAGAAAUAAAAGGGACUCCAGAGAGCCUGGCUGAGAAGGAGAGGCAGCUCAUGGGCAUGAUCAACCAGCUGACCAGCCUGAGGGAGCAGCUGCUGGCAGCCCACGACGAGCAGAAGAAGCUGGCGGCGUCUCAGAUUGAGAAGCAGCGGCAGCAGAUGGAGCUGGCCAAGCAGCAGCAGGAGCAGAUUGCAAGACAGCAGCAGCAGCUUCUGCAGCAGCAGCACAAAAUUAACCUUCUUCAGCAGCAGAUCCAGCAGGUCCAGGGUCAGCUGCCUCCAUUGAUGAUCCCCGUGUUCCCUCCAGACCAGCGCACCCUGGCAGCAGCUGCCCAGCAAGGAUUCCUCCUUCCUCCUGGCUUCAGCUACAAGGCGGGAUGCAGUGACCCCUACCCCGUUCAGCUGAUCCCAACUACCAUGGCAGCUGCUGCCGCAGCAACGCCGGGCCUAGGCCCUCUCCAACUGCAGCAGUUGUAUGCUGCCCAGCUCGCUGCCAUGCAGGUGUCUCCAGGAGGAAAGAUCCCUGGCAUUGCCCAGGGGAGCCUUGGUGCUGCCGUGUCCCCCACCAGCAUCCACACAGACAAGAGCACAACCAGCCCUCCUCCCAAGAGCAAGGAUGAAGUGGCCCAGCCUCUGAACCUCUCAGCCAAACCCAAGACAUCUGAUGGCAAAUCUCCCACGUCCCCCACCUCUCCUCACAUGCCAGCUCUGAGAAUAAACAGUGGGGCCAGCUCACUAAAGUCCUCGGUGCCAGCAACACUAGCCAGUCCUUCGGCCAGAGCCAACACAAUAGGUUAUUUAAAUGACCACGACGCUGUCACCAAGGCCAUCCAGGAGGCGCGGCAGAUGAAGGAGCAGCUACGGAGGGAGCAGCAGGUGCUGGAUGGGAAGGUGGCCGUGGUCAACAGCCUGGGUCUCAAUAACUGCAGGACAGAAAAAGACAAAACAACACUGGAGACCCUGACCCAGCAGCUGGCAGUAAAGCAGAGUGAAGAUGGGAAGUUCAGCCACGCAAUGAUGGAUUUCAACAUGAGUGGAGAUUCUGAUGGGAGCGCGGGGGUGUCGGAGUCGCGGAUCUACCGGGAGUCGCGCGGGCGCGGCAGCAACGAGCCGCACAUCAAGCGCCCCAUGAACGCCUUCAUGGUGUGGGCCAAGGACGAGCGCAGGAAGAUCCUGCAGGCCUUCCCCGACAUGCACAACUCCAACAUCAGCAAGAUCCUAGGAUCUCGCUGGAAAGCUAUGACAAACCUAGAGAAGCAGCCAUACUACGAGGAGCAGGCCCGGCUGAGCAAGCAGCACCUGGAGAAGUACCCAGACUACAAGUACAAGCCGCGGCCCAAGCGCACGUGCCUGGUGGACGGCAAGAAGCUGCGCAUCGGCGAGUACAAGGCCAUCAUGCGCAACCGGCGCCAGGAGAUGAGGCAGUACUUCAACGUCGGGCAACAGGCGCAGCUGCCGCUGGCCACGGCGGGCGUGGUGUACCCGGGAGCCAUCGCCAUGGCGGGCAUGCCCUCGCCGCACCUGCCCUCGGAGCACUCGAGCGUGUCCAGCAGCCCCGAGCCCGGCCUGCCCGCGCUGCCCGGCGCCUACGGGCCCAAGGGCGACGAGCCGCUCGUCAAGGAGGAGCUGCAGCCCGACGAGGCCAACGGCGACGUCUACGACGACUACGACGAGGAGGAGGAGGACCCUGAUGCAGACUAUGGCAGUGACAGUGAAAACCACAUGGCGGGCCAGGCCAACUGAUCGGGGCCGCCGCUCGCCCGCGGGACUCCAAGGAGGAAAGGAAACGGAUCAAUCAAUAAAGCCCCGUCUGGUUUAUCCUUGCCAGUGGCCAAGCACAUUAACUUUCUCAUACACUGACUGUUACUUUAACUGUUAGUCUUAACUAGUUGGGACAUCAGCUGACUAAUAGACAUCAGCCUGCAUCAGAGGAAAAAAGGCUCAGAAGAAAGGAAACGAAGACGACGACGACAACAACAGAAUGAUAUAAGCUAUGGGUAAAAUAAUGCCAGUAAUUCAGCUGCUAUACCCAAGCACUGAAGUCUUACCCGUUGACCUUUUAUUAUUAUUAUUUUUUUUUCAAAUAAACUUUAUGGCUGUUUGUUCUACAAUGUUCUAGAAAUUCUCACUCAGGUACACAGUGCCAACAAGUGGCUUGUGAAUGUGUUUUGUUGUUUUGUGCUACAGUUUAAAGAGAAAUAAUUUUUUUUUUUUUGGUAAUGCACCUGACAGGAAAAAAAAAAGAUAAAAUUCCUUUUAACCCCCUCUGUCUCCUCCUCCUCUUCUUCCUCUUCCUCCUCCUCCUCCUCC